GUCCAGACCUCUCAAGUUCACUUCUCAUGAAUCAGGAUGGUGAUAGAUGGAUAUUACCCGAGCAUCUGCCACGAAAUUGAUCCAUGCCAUAACUAUUCGCCGCUCCAAACAGUACUCGAGAGCCAUAGGAUUUGCGAAUAUCCGCACAGAUUAACCCUUCGAUUUCAGAAACGUAUCAGAAGAAACAACUUGGCCGCAUCCGGUCUCAGGCAAACCAUCCCGGACAACAACUGAAAAGCAUUACUCGUCCUGACGCCAAUUUUGCGUCUCACCCGCAUUGCAGGAUAGCCCUAUACGGGUGUAUUUGAAAGGACAGGAAAAUGUCGACAACCACUGUGACAGGCACGGGGCGGCGCGCCUCCAUACGACAACCAGAGUUACAAACGUCAGUCAAAGUGGCCAACCCUCAAACCAUGGCCAGUCCGAUAGACAAGUUCCCACCAUUCUACGACGAAGAAUACGAUUCCACAGAGUCGAAAAUGCUACAUCUCAAUACCACAGUCAGGUAUGCGCCCAAUGACCGGUGGGACUAUAAGCCGGCCAGAGAUCCAAAACGAAAGCCGAGAAAGAGCAUCAGCGAGACCAUAAGUGCGAUUAGGACACGUAAUGGUAGUGUCAGCGCUAAUGCGCAGGAUUUGGCUCAAGCGCUCAGAGCGCCUGUUUCAUACAGACUAAUAGUGCUUUGUCUUGUUUGGUAUACUACUUCGGCUUUAACGAAUACAUCCUCGAAGUCUAUUUUAAAUGCGCUCCCAAAACCAAUCACCCUCACAGUCGUGCAGUUUGCUUUUGUAUCGAUAUAUUGCCUCCUACUCUCGUACCUGUCGACCGUGGUCCCCUGGCUCAAAACCAGCAUACCGGCACUCAAAAACAAUAUUCGCCCGCCAUCGCGCGAUGUCAUAAUGUCCGCGUUGCCUCUCGCCGUAUUUCAACUAGCAGGACAUAUCCUAAGCUCGAUGGCAACAUCUCAAAUCCCUGUUUCGCUGGUUCAUACCAUCAAGGGACUUUCUCCAUUAUUUACUGUGAUAGCAUACCGCUUCUUUUUCCGCAUUCGCUAUGCCAUGGCAACUUACCUAUCUCUUGUUCCAUUGACACUGGGUGUCAUGCUUGCUUGUUCGACAGGGUUUUCCACAAACUUUUUUGGCAUUCUAUGCGCUCUAGUUGCGGCUCUAGUAUUUGUCUCGCAAAAUAUCUUUUCGAAAAAGCUUUUCAACGAAGCCGAGCGUGCGGAUUCGGAUAUGCAGUCCGCAGGUCGCCGAAAGUUGGACAAGUUGAAUCUGCUCUACUAUUGUUCUGGGUUGGCUUUCAUCCUCACAUUGCCCAUUUGGCUCGUCACAGAGGGUUAUCCCCUAUUCUCUGAUCUGAUGUACGAUGGUGCCAUCUCUCUCACAAACAAGGCUGGAUCAUUGGACCAUGGCGCUCUUUUCCUCGAAUUUGUGUUCAAUGGGGUGUCUCACUUCGCCCAGAACAUCUUGGCUUUUGUUAUCCUUUCCAUGGUUUCGCCUGUGUCGUAUUCCGUCGCGUCUCUCAUAAAGAGGGUAUUUGUGAUUGUUGUUGCCAUUGUUUGGUUUGGCAACUCCACGACAUCCGUUCAAGGUGUUGGCAUUGGCCUAACCUUCAUUGGACUUUACCUCUACGAUCGCAAUAGCCAUGACGAUGUCGCAGAUCAGAAAGCCAACGCGGACCACUUCCACUCGAAUAAAACCGUCCUCCCUUUAAAUACUCGCCCAACCAGUAAAGUCUGGGAUUCCAACGGCUAUGCGUUCCCUGAAGGAAAACCCGGCGGUCGAUACGUUCCAAAUCAUUCGCAUUCCAUCUCCAGCAACUCGAAAAAAGAUGAUGGUAUCGGCCAUGCUCGCCCAAGGGCAAGUAGCAAUGCGAAAGCUUGGUUGCCACCCGGCACAAAACAGGAGGUGACCUGGCAAGCGAGCGACUCCUGACUAACAACUUUUGCACAUGUACCGCCAAGACUUAUGUAUCUUGUGUUAUUAUUUCCCGUCCUGUAACAUGUCGCGACGGGGUUGAAUUAGGAACAAAAUUGCCCCUGCGUGUACAAAAUUAAUGAAUCUUUUAAAAAUAUAGAGGGUUUGUGGCUGUUGGUUUGCUGGGCAUCCUAGCUAUAUAGUCCAGCGAGCAGAAAACAGAUGACUAGACACGAUCAUACAAUACGGAUAUUGUCACCUUUGUAUAUGAUCCACCUGCAUGAAGUCUUAAACCAAGAUAACUAGUAGAGCAAC